AUUUAAAAAAAACAACAUAAGCACAAAACGAAAGAGGACAAAAAAUUCUCUCUCUACACGCAAACUCUAUCAAAACUCAAAAACCAAUCACAUCGUUGAAUUCCGAUGAGUGAAGAAGAUUCACCGCCGUACCUGGAGGUUAACUGCAAAACCUCCGGCCAGAUCCUACGGUUCGCUCCGGGAACAGAGGCGGGAUUCGCGGUGACGCUGAUUAAUCGGAAACUGAAAGGAAAAGUUCCAUUGACAACACACAUAGAAGCUGUAAAAGAUGGCAAAGAAGAUGAAGAAGAAACAAUCGCUUUUGGACCAAACGCUAUUCUUUCAAAUUUUGGCCAAAAUUGGAAGCUUCAAACUGUUCUUUCUUCUGAAGAACAAAGAAAAGAACAUAUUCAAGGAAUGGCAAGGCAAACAUCACCAAGGAAACAUGUUUCAAGUGUCCCAAGAGGUGAAAGCAAAGUACCUGACCAAAUAAACUCAGUAUAUAUUGUUAAAAUAGUGCUUGCUUUUAUUUUGAUUUUUGUACUAGGUGCAAUUUUUACUUUGUUUCUUGAUAAUCUUCCUGAAUUGAUAGUGUUUGUUAAGUCAAUAUAUUAGUAAUACUUUUUAUUUUUUUUGUUUGUAACUUAUAUUUAUAUGUUUGAAUUGAAUAAAUGGCUUAAUUUUUUAGCCUGUUUUUGUAAUGGAAUAUAUAACUCAAUCUUCUUAUGCACACAUUGGCUUGGAAACUUUGAUUCUUCAAGAAACUGAAGUUGUAAGUAAGACCCGCUUUAGAUUUCGGGCGGUCUAUAUAUGGUUUGGAAUGCUGAUUUCGUUCUAUUAUUUGUGAAUCCGACUUCGGUCAUUGUUGCUUCUUUUAGAAGAUGAUAACCCUUUGGCUUAAUCAAUAUGUGCCUUUGGUAUCUCAUUGUUAGUACUUAGUAUUCGUCAAGAUAAAAUUUCAUAAAGAAACUCUCUAUUUGGAGCUACAUAGGCUUGGCCCGUUUCUAGCAUUUAUAAAUCUUUUCAUUCAGCAUUGGAUGUUGCUAUGUAUUUAUAGAGGGCACAUAUACUAGGCAUGCCUCAGCAAACAUCUUGCAUUUCUUUUGGGUUGGAAAAGUAAUAAAUCACUCUAAUCUGUGUA